UGCAACCACUACCACUACUGCUCAGCGGGCCCUCCGCCACACCCGGACCGGGUGCCGGGGAGGUUCUCCCGCGGCCCUUCUACAACCGCAAUCCGUCAGACCAACUACUACCACCGCCCAGCGGGCCCUCCGCCACACCCGGACCGGGUGCUGGGGAGGUUCUCCCGCGGCCCUUCUACAAUGGCAACCCGUCAGCCCAACUACUACCACCGCCCAGCGGGCCCUCCGCCACCGCCCGGACCGGGUGCUGGGGAGGUUUUCCCGCGGCUCUCCUACAACCGCAAUCUGCCAGCCCAAUUACUACCACCGUCCAGCGGGCCCUCCGCCACACUCGGACCGGGUGCUGGGGAGGUUCUCCCGCGGCCCUUCUACAACUGCAAUCCGUCAGCACUAUUACUACCACCGCCCUGCGGGCCCUCCGCCACACUUGGACCGGGUGCUGGGGAGGUUCUCUCGCGGCCCUUCUACAAUGGCAACCCGUCAGCCCAACUACCACCACCGCCCAGUGGGCCCUCAGCCACCGCCCGGACAGGGUGCUGGGGAGGUUCGCCCGCGGCCCUUCUACAACCGCAAUUCAUCAGCCCAAUUGCUAUUAACGCCCAGUGGGGCCUUUCACCACACCCGGACCGGGUGCUGAGGAGGUUCUCCAGCGGCCCUUCGACAGCGACAAUCUGCCAACUCAUCAAUCAGGAACGCUCAACGGGCCUCCCGCCACAUCCAAACCGGAUGCUGGGGAGGUCUCUCGUCUAACCGCAAAUAAGCAAGUCACCCACCACCAUCGUUCAGUGGGUCCACUGACAUGCCAAAA